AUGAGCACAAACCGAAGCGCCAUCUCCUGCAACUACCACCCCGUUCCUUGCAGUUCGCACGUCCCCAACGUCAGGUCGGUCCUCCUGCAGAAGAGACUCAGCCUGGUGGAACAAGCCAGCUUCGGUGCGGUUGGGCCUCCCAAGCACCAGCCUCCUUCCUCCAACAGCACAGACAAAUUGCCUAAAUACUGCUGGCCCUCCAGGACCGACCCCCUGCCCCCUUCCCUCCUGCGGGAGUUCAACGCUCAGCUGUACCCCCCGCACGCGUUCAGCGUGCCCAACAUCAUCCACUCCUCUCGGAGCAAAACCCUCACCCGCAGCGUCAUCUCCAUGUCCGCCUCGGAGAAAGGGCAGAGCAAGCUCUGCAAACUCAUCGAAGACGACCGGCAGUUCGUCGGGAGGAACAACAAUGACCAGAGGCAACGCUACGUCACCAAAGUCGGGAAGUGUAAAGUCAACCUCGGCAACAUCCAGGAGAAGAAGAGGUUCCUCUCGGACAUUUUCACCACCAUCGUGGACCUCAAGUAUCGCUGGUUCCUCUUCAUGUUCAGCAUGUGCUACAUCGUCACCUGGGUGGUCUUCGGCGUCAUGUAUUACAUGGACGCCUGGAUACGGGACGACAUCAACCACAUCGGGGACCUCGAGUGGAAGUCCUGCAUUGAGAACAUCGACAACUUCAUCUCCGCCUUGCUCUUCUCGGUGGAAAGUCAACGGACCAUCGGCUACGGCUCCCGCAUUGUGACCGCCAACUGCUCCGAGGGGGUCCUCCUGCUGAUGGCCCAGUCCAUCAUCGGCUCCAUGAUCGACGCCCUCAUGGUGGGCUGCAUGUUUGUCAAGAUCUCCAGGCCCAAGAAGCGCGCCCAGACCUUAAUCUUCAGCAAGAAGUGCGUGAUCUCCAGCCGGGAUGGGAAGCUCUGUCUCAUGUUCCGCAUCGGAGACCUUCGGGACAGCCACAUGGUGGACGCAAAGAUAAGGGCCAAGCUCAUAAAAUCCAGGCAAACCAAGGAAGGGGAGUUCAUCCCGCUCGACCAAUCCGAACUGAACCUGGGCUACGGCACGGGGGAGGACCGUCUCUUCCUGGUGGAGCCCCAGAUCAUCUGCCACAUCAUCAACGACGUCAGCCCGUUCUGGGAGAUGUCUGCAGAGGCGCUGAAGAGGGAGCAGUUUGAGAUCAUCAUCAUCCUGGAAGGCAUCGUGGAAGCCACAGGUGAGUGUGUCACACAGCCGCCCUCCUGCGGGGAAAGACUUCGUAGGCUGCAGCCUCAGGCGUGA